CUUUCUUGUUAACAGAGUCAUGCACUUGAUAGCUUUUAAAGAAAACCAUACUAACAUUAAUCCUUAUAUCACAAGCAUAUACAUCACUUUACAAACACUGAAACACACACUACUAACCUAUUGCUAGUUCCCGUAUAUAAAUAGUAAGUGGCAUUUGCAUAGUUGCACACUCAUUCAAAUAUAUAUGCAAGAAACUCAAAUCAUUACUAAACCAAAUUAAGAAAAUAAUGUGUGGUGCUAGAGCAGUUUUGACAAUUUCAUUACUAGUAUUAGUUACCUCAGAAGCUCUUACUGAGUCAUGCCCUACUUCUGAAUGGGCAUCACUCAUGUCUUUCAAAGCAGCUCUCAACGAACCUAACUUUGGAAUCUUCCAUUCAUGGAGAGGUACCAACUGUUGCUACGGUUGGUACGGAAUCAGUUGCGACCCUACCACACAUCGUGUCGCAGAAAUCACACUCCGCGGCCUCACUGUUGGUGACAACCAUCGCCGCUACAAAUAUACCAAAACCACGAAAAAUGGAUACAUGACCGGACACAUCUCCCCAUCAAUUUGCAACCUAACACGGCUCUCUAGCAUUACCGUCUCCGACUGGAAGGGCAUUUCGGGGAAUAUCCCUGGAUGCAUCACAACUCUCAAUUUUCUCCAAAUCAUAGAUCUCUCCGGAAGUCUUAUUUCCGGAAAGAUUCCAUAUGAUAUAGGGCGUCUUACUCAGCUUAUGGUGCUCAACCUUGCAGACAAUCAUAUCUCAGGAAGGAUUCCAACAACGCUUGUAAACCUCUUCAACUUAAUGCAACUUGAUCUCCGUAACAACGCCAUUGGAGGCCCCAUUCCUGGGAACAUCGGCCAACUCAAAAAGCUGAACCGAGCAUUUCUGAGUCACAACCGGAUUAACGGUCGAAUUCCACGGUCCAUUUCAAAUAUUUAUGGGCUAGCAGACUUGGACUUAUCGUUGAACCGAUUAUCUGGUCCAAUUCCUUUUUCGCUAGGACAAAUGCCGGUCUUGGACUCGUUGAACCUGAAGUAUAACAAAUUGACUGGGAGGAUCCCAAGGACUUUGUUGGCUUCUAGAAUGAGUCAUUUGGAUUUAAGUAGAAACGCUUUAAGGGGACCUAUACCGGACGUGUUUAGCGAAACUUCAUAUUUCAUUAACCUUGAUUUGUCGCGGAACAAUUUGAACGGUUUAAUUCCUAAGUCGAUGGCAUUAGCUUUGUACAUUGGCCAUGUGGACUUUAGUCACAACCAUCUCUUUGGGAAAAUUCCGGUUGCUUCUUCCUUAAGCCAUCUUCCGCCGGCAUCAUUUGUAUACAAUCGACACCUUUGCGGCAAGCCACUUCAGCCCUGCACUCAUAGUCACAUACACAAACAUGAAUAAAUAGGUUGUGUUUGGUUUGGACAAACCCAAAUAUAUAAAUAUAAAAAUACUAUUAUACUUAAUUUGUGCACUUCUUACCCCUCUUUGGGUUUCGUCUUUCAGCUUCCUCCUUAUAUUUGCUAGUAUCUUUGAAG